CACACUAUUGCUGAAUCAUUGUCCGCCGCAAUAUUUAAUUAAGUGCAACGAGUCUAUCCCGGCAGUUAUUACCGUAAUAUCAAUCCCGAAAUGCAGAAGGUUCCACUGCUCCUGGUCGCCGCCUGCAUUCUGGCCCUGGCCACGGCCGAGUCGAGCCCCAGACUGCUGCGAGUGCCACUGGAGAAGAUUCAGACCGCCCGCCGCCACUUUGCCGAUGUGGGCACAGAGCUGCAGCAACUGCGCAUCAAGUAUGGCGGCGGCGGUGACGUACCGGAGCCCCUGUCGAACUACAUGGACGCCCAGUACUACGGACCUAUAUCGAUUGGAACGCCGCCGCAGAACUUCCGGGUGGUGUUCGACACCGGCUCCUCAAACCUGUGGGUGCCCUCGAAGAAGUGUCACCUGACUAACAUCGCCUGCCUUAUGCACAACAAGUAUGAUGCCAGCAAGUCUAAGACGUACAUCGCCAACGGCACUGCGUUCGACAUCCACUACGGCUCGGGCAGCCUGUCUGGCUACCUGUCUACCGAUACGGUCUCCAUUGGUGGUCUGGACAUCAAGGGACAGACCUUUGCCGAGGCGCUGAGCGAGCCUGGCCUGGUUUUUGUAGCGGCCAAGUUUGAUGGCAUUCUGGGCUUAGGUUACAGCUCCAUCUCUGUGGACCAAGUGAAGCCGCCGUUCUACGUUAUGUACGAGCAGGGUCUGAUCUCAUCGCCGGUGUUCUCCUUCUACCUCAACCGCGACCCAGCCGGCCCCGAGGGCGGGGAGAUAAUCUUUGGCGGCUCCGAUCCCAAACAUUACAGCGGUGACUUCACCUAUCUGCCUGUUACCCGCAAGGGCUACUGGCAGAUCAAGAUGGACUCUGCCUCUUUGGGUGAACUGGAGUUGUGCAAAGGUGGUUGCCAGGUGAUUGCCGACACUGGCACUUCGCUAAUUGCUGCUCCGCUGUCAGAGGCCACCUCGAUUAACCAGAAAAUCGGAGGCACCCCCAUCAUCGGUGGACAGUACGUUGUGUCAUGCGACCUGAUCCCCAACCUGCCGGUGAUCAAGUUCGUGCUGGGCGGCAAGACCUUUGAGCUGGAGGGCAAGGACUACAUUCUACGCGUGGCUCAGAUGGGCAAGACCAUCUGCCUGUCGGGCUUCAUGGGCAUGGACAUUCCCCCACCAAACGGUCCCCUCUGGAUCCUGGGCGAUGUGUUCAUUGGCAAAUACUACACCGAAUUUGACAUGGGAAACGAUCGUGUGGGCUUCGCAGAUGCGAAAUAAUCGAACAACGACACUAAGUCUAUACUUAAACUUUAACUUGUAAUCUUUAUUGGUUCCUCUGGGACUCUGCCGAAGCAACGGAAUAUAUGUAUUAACUUAA